UGGUUAGCCAAUGAAAUGAGUUUUAACAAACAGUUUUAGGCUCUUCUUUCAAAAUGGCUGACGAAAAACCAAAAUGUACUUUUUUUAAGAAAACAGUUAAGCGACGACAAAAUCGUACAAGGAGGGAUUCAGAUAAUAAGGAGAGUUCAGAUGAGGAUGAAGGAAAUGUUGCAGUAAUUGCCAAGAAAAUGAGAGGACCAAGCAAAUUCAUACAAUCUACAAAGACUAAGAAGUUUACCGAAGAUCGAGGAGGUGCUUCUGACAGUGAUGGCAAUGAAGAUGUGAGGAAGUCGGCCAUAGUCACAUACACAUCAUCAAAGACAGGGAAGCGGGAGGGUUCCAAUGAUAUGGGAGCCACAUCCACUGUGGAGAUAGACACUGACCUUAACCAGGAUGCCAGGGCCAUCUUUGAAAAACAACAGGAGAUAAAUAAGGAGCUCAAAGACAAGGAAGAUGACAAAGUAUAUCGCGGCAUGAACAAUUACCAGACAUUCUACGAGAAGCGAGACACUGCCCAGGGGAACGCAGCCAGCAACGCUGUCAGGAAGGGUCCAUUGCGAGCACCAGCCAACCUGAGAGCCACUGUAAGAUGGGACUACCAGCCAGACAUCUGUAAAGACUACAAGGAGACAGGAAUGUGUGGCUUUGGAGACAGCUGUAAGUUCAUGCAUGACCGUAGCGACUACAAACAUGGCUGGCAGCUGGAGCGAGAGAUGGAGCAGGGAACCUACGGACAGGGGGACAACGCAAACUAUGAGAUAAGCAGUGAUGAGGAGGACAUUCCAUUCAAGUGCUUCAUCUGCAGGAAGUCAUUUGUAAACCCCAUCAUCACCAAAUGUGGUCACUAUUUCUGUGAGAAGUGUGCGUUGUCUCAGUACCGGAAAUCCCAGCGCUGUUUUGUGUGCAAUGAACAAACUAUGGGCAUAUUUAACCCUGCAAAAGAGUUGAUAGGUAAGCUGAAGAAGCGUGAGGAGGAAGGUACAUUACCAGAUGGAAGUGGGGAAGAUGAUGAUGGCUGACAGUCUGUUCUUGUUUUGUGCUCUUGAUUUGUUAAUAUUGUAUAUAAAAUGUCAUUAUCACCA